CUGUCACGUCGAGGAAUAUUGUCACUGUGAAGAUGAUGGAUCGUCUUGACCGCUACGUGAAGCAAACAGAUGUGUCAUAUCGAGUCACUCCUCAACCACUAUAUAACUAUACGGAAAUAUCCUCUCUUCUGUUGUCUCCCUUCUAUGAUUUUUCCAUCUACCGAAAUUAUCAAGCUCAUAUCCAUCUCUCUCUGUACUUGAAGCUAAAGCAUCUAUCAUUUCCAUAAGAAUCAACCUACAAUAUACACACUUCCCACAACCACUCUUGAACUUCUAUAUCAACAACAACAUCGAUGGCUCCUCCUCGUCGAUACAUCACGCUAGACGGCCAGCCUCCGCUCGGAGGACUCCCUCCAAACGUAGCUGCCGCUAUGCAGCAUCGAGCACGCGAGUCUCCUCCGCCAUAUACCGCAGCUCCAGCUCCUCCCGCUACUCAACUUCCGCCACAGCAUGGACACCCCGUCUCCAUCAACAUCAUCCCAGAAGCAACAGUCUGCUACGUCCCCCGUCCAAUCAUCGGUGCGAACCCCAGCUGGCAGCCAUGGACACCACUCGUCAUCACACGCACACCUCCCAACGCACCCAGCUGCAGCUGUCAUGAUACAAAACCCGCCAAACAACCCCCUGCAGCAUCAAACAACCCACCCUUUCCACCGGGUAGUAAUAUGCCCGGCACGACCGAUAGUCAUCCAGUCACUCUCUCCUCUGGAGCCGGCUACAUCUUCCCAACGAACCACACGACCAUCCAUCUCAUCGAGCCGAACUUCCUUCCUUUCGCGCACCCUCCGAGACAAUUCAAAUGGCGCGUCUACAAAGUUCCCACGACUCUAUCCCUAUCUGAGCUUAUCGAGAAGGUUUGCGUUGUCGAUUGUCCAGAGGGCAAGACGGCUGUUAAGGGAAUCGUGGAGUGUAUCGAAUUAGGCGAUGGGUGUUGGUUGCGAGGGCCGGAGUUCUGGAUGGGAAAGGGGAAAGGGGAAGAGGAUGCGAUGAAGGGGAAGGUGAAGAAGACGCUGGCGAGUAUUGGGUGGGAUGAGAAGAGGGGAAGUGUGGCGAAGCCGGUUUGGCUUGCGGUUGUGGUGGAGUAUGUUUGAGAGGUAGUCUAUGCUCUUUUAUUGUUAUUCUUUUUUAGGGAAUGCUUCCUUGGGUCUUGUGAGAAGAAGAUUUUGGAUUACUUUUGAGAAAUUGAGGGUCAGGCUUUGUGCGAUGUUUGCUUGGUCCAAUUUGGCAUCGUGUUAUGUACCUGCGGAUAUUGUGUUAUGAUGUGUGGUAAUUGGGGACAUUUCAUUUCUC